AAGCAGACGAUCCCAUCCGCAUCUCACUCUCCCGCAAGACGUUAGGCAGAAAUGAGGCUCCAAAAGGGCAAAGAAGAAGCCACAGAAAGUAACUGAGAUUCUAUUUACUGGCAAAGUAGGUCCUCGCUUUCUUCACCUCACUCUCCACGCAACUCGUUCCAAAAUCCUACAAAAAACACGUCGGAGUGCUGACACAAAAACUGCUUCAUCGCUCGACAUCCCCUCCGCCCCCGUUACUCAGUUAAUCAAAGACAGCCUUUUCUCAUCUAAUCAGAGCAUUGUUGUACCCAACGCACCGUGCGCGAAAUCAACUCGUUUUCGUUGUUAAUAUCGGAUUUGCAUUGACUUAAAAAACCUGGAAAUGGAGGAAAGGGAACCAAUUUAAUUUCCUUCCCCUAUCCUAAUUGGCCGUAUAUCCAUCGAUCAUAUUCUUAUACAUAUCCAUCGAUCAUAUUCUUAUACUACGAACCAAUAGAUUUUUCACGAAAUGCAUUCCGCAAGAAACUUACACGAAGCAGCCUUUUCUGGUGAUUCUGGAAGCAUCGAAGUCAUGCUCAAUCAAGGACUUAGCGCGGAUACUGAGCUCCAACACUGUCUAACACCACUCCACAAGGCAGCCAUGAAUGGUCAUUUAGAUUGUGCUAAACUCCUAGUUCAACAUGGCGCCCAUGUCAACGCUGUGGACGCAGCAGGCCGCAGUCCUCUCCACUACGCAGCAUCUAAUGGGUACUUGAAGGCAGUGAAGUGGUUUGUAGAAGAAGCAGACGCUACCCCGGGUCUCCAGACCAAGAAAGGGCACACUGCACGAUUAUUCGCCAAGAAACAUGGACAUGGAAAAGUUGCAGUUUACCUAGCCGAAGUUGAAAAUCGGCUUUGUGGUCAUCCGUGGCUUGGUGCCAGCCUUACAACCUAGUUCCGUCACCGUGAUGUGCUCCUCUUCUUCUUCUUGCCUUCAUCUAUAUUGUUUGUGUGAUGUCCAAACAGCCGUCCAGAUGUUCGUUGCUAUUUUUGUACCACGUUUAAAUUCGAGAGACUCAAUCGAUCCGAGAUCACCCUACACUCUAAAAACAAAAGGGUGGAUAGGGGAAAUCUCCCUUUAUAAGGGCUGUGGAGUGACGGAGUUUUUUUAAAAUAAGGUUCCAGGAAAACCUGUCACUCCUCGACCUCUUUUCCAUCAUUUUCCCACCCGUUUCGCCUUCUGCGUUUUCAGAGUGUAUUGCAGGCCUACGAAGUAAUGUCUCACUGUAUUCACAGACAUGCACAGCAGGGCGCGUCUACGGAAAAAAACCCGUCAUAUUUUAUUUAAUUGACCCAAUCAUUUUUUGCCUGUAACCUCGCAAUCUUCCGUGAUUUUUUUAUAAUGUCGUAACAUGCGUGGAUGGCAAGUGUACUGUACUUAUUAUGAUGGUGGUCCCAAAGUCUGUGUACCAAACGAUUUGAGUUAAGAUUUUACAUGAAUUUCUUUUUAUUUUACAAAAUCUUUCAGUUAAUAAUUUUCCAUAUAUUAUUAUGAGUAAGUGUACCAAAUAUCUCCUAAAAAUUAGAAAUAAAUACUUUGAUUUUCUUGGAUAAAACCUCGGGAAGUCAUUUUCAAAUUGAGAAAAAAAAAAUCGUACCCCAUGUCUGCGCACCCAUUCACUUAGCACACGAUUCGGAUGUUUUGAUGAGAAAGGCUGCAUUUUGAGGCCGUCACAUGAAAUGCCCAAAGAUUAAUUAUUUUCCCACCAUUUCGAGUCGGAUGUUUUAAAGGAAUAUCUGUCUAUGUAC